GCACUGAGGUGUGAAGCACAACAAAGUGAUUUAUUCUUUAUUAAAUGUGUUUGAAUUUUAUUAAGUUGUACAUUAAUUUUAUGUCUAUCGAGUGAGAUCUGGUAGAACAGCAUGUUUCGACUGCUAUUGGUUGUCACCAUCGUUUGCUUUGCGCAGUCGCAUUGCGCCGUGACGUCACAGCAUCCACGUUCACGUCUGUUGCAGACAUUGGGGGAUGCUACAAUUACGCUGCAAGCAGCACAGCAAAGCCUUGAAGAUGAGCUCAAGCACAGACCGUCGUUGUCGUCGUCGUCGUCAACUCUGACGUCCGUCAGCGUAGUUCAGGAUUGGAGUUUGGUGUGUAAAGAGCUCUGCGGAGCUGGCCUCGGCGUAACGCCAUGUGCGAAUUACUGCCAAAAGUCUGGCGGCGGAAUGGUGACGAUCCUGAACACUGUUUUCGAUUGGGCUAAAUGCGGGCAACUGACUGGAUCGCAAAAUGCUUCUGAGUGCAAGGGAGCUGAGCCUCUCAUCUCCUACGGUGAUCGACUUUGCUCGAGCUUCUGUUAUCAACGCCGUCGCACGUUGAACGGUUGCAGUCCAUGUCAGUUGUUGAGUGUUUCGGAUGAGGAAAAGGAUGAGAAGGAGAAGGAGAAGGUCAGUGCAGUGCAGAAUGCGGCUUCACAUGGUUCCGGAGAUGGCGCAAGUUUGACGAUGACAGCAACAAUGCAGCUGGCAGUCAAAUCCCAAGUUGAGAUUGCGGGAAGAGACGCUUCAGAGACGCCGGACUGGGACGAAGUGUGCAAGACGCUGUGCAAGACUGGCGAUGGCGGGUCUUUGUGCAACUGUGAUCUAUCGCCGUUUUUCACCUGAGCUUCACACCUGAGGCUCUCGUUGAAGGUGCAUAGAUCGCAACUAUAAAAAUAUUUCGUUGUCUUUUUGUUGUACACUUAAAACAAAAACAUCUAAAAUCUACUAAAAAAAAUGCAAAAAAAAUAAGGAAAUUUAAUUUGGUGUCGCACUCUGCGACAAAUUUCGAUUUGUGUUAAAAAUGCUAGUGUUGUCUUUAUAUUCACUGUUGUUAAUUGCGAAAGUUUAGUUGAAUUGUAUUGUAUAAAUGCGAAAUAAGCACAAAAGUAAAUCUAUAUAAAUAUAUAAAUGAAAUACUUGUAAUGAGCCAUGAGCAAAAACAAAACAAAAACAAAAAUUCCCUAUGCGAAUCAAUUAAUUUAUAAUUAAUUUCAAUUAAAAAAUAAGAUGAAAACCUAAUAAUAACAACAAGCGAAUCUACACAACACAACAAAAAUCACAUUCUCAGCUCGUAAGCGGAAAAAACAGCAAAAUCACAAAAGGGCUUCCAGUGCAUAACAAUUGCGAAUCCUUCGAGGAUCUAUCCAAAGAUCUUCGAGAUUCCGUUGUUGGCACAAAACCAAACCUAAGGAUUAGUUGUAGGAGCUAACAGGAGGAGAAGAGAAGAAAAGAGAAGAUCAUAAUGCUUAGAAAUCAAACAACCAAUUAAUAUCAAAAAUACACAACAUAUCGUCGUGAAUACAAUUAUUUACAUACUACUAUUAUAAUAUGAUAUCACUUUUGUUUAAUUAAUGGAAUCAGCAUAUCAAUUUUACAAAGGCAGAAGGAAACAAAAUUGAUUAAACAUUUUUGAGUUCAAUUUAAACAAAAA